GCCGCCGCAGCCUCAGGACCACGGCGCGCGCCCGGGAGAUGUCCGCACCGUGAAGGACCGGCACCCCGAGCCCGGAGGGGCAUGCACGCGCCCGGGGGCAACAACCAUGGUCCGGCGAGUGUGGUCAGCGCUCUGCUGCAGCCAGAAAUGGAUCCUGGUGUUCUCGCCCCUCCUCCUGCUCUCCCUCACCCUCCUCAUGAUGGCCGUCACGCCGCCGCUGCCUCUUCCUGCCUCCAGCAGGGACCGCAGGUCGUCCCGGGCCCUCAGCUCCGCCGAGGACUUUGUCAGACCCGGACCCAGGAUGGUCGAGCCCCCUCGGGCCGCCAUGGACCCCUUCCUCCACCCGCCUCUUCACAGCGGGGCCUGGAGAGGCGGCGUGGGUGGAGAAAAGCGUCACUACCCGCCGCAGCCCAAACCUUCUGGGGACGACAGAACCGGCUUCACAGGGAGAAUUCGCUCCAGCAGAUAUAAACACAACGGCAGCGCCGUGGCCUCCAGGGGGAACCAGCCCCUCCGGUCCAGAGGCCGCCGCCAGCCUCGGUUCACAGCCCCCAGCAGCGAGCCAAGGCGUAGAAUUAGUCAGAGCGACCGCAGCGCCGGGGCAAAGCCGGCGGCGCCGACGUACGUUCAUGCAGAAAGAAGCAGAUUCACAGCGGCACCGGCUCGACCAGAUGCUGGAGGCGGGCCAAAAAACAGCCAAAUACAGACCAGCACAAAGACAGGAGGACUUCAGCAGGCCUCAGGGACGCUCAGGCGAGAGAAAAGACACGCUGUGAGGGCUGAUCGGGCGGCCGAGGCCGCGACAAGCCCCACUGUGGGUCUGAAGGAGUCUCCAUCCACGCUGAAAGACGACCGCAGCUGGUGUCAGACCGUCGGGGAGCAGGACUUCCCGGACGGCGACCGCAGGAGCAUCAGGACCGGCGGGGGCCGCCUGCCCUGGCUCAGCAGGGACGACAUCCAGAAGAUGGAGCUGCUGGCCCGCGGGGAGGUGGUCAGCAAGGCCAGCGUGCCGGCGCACGGCCAGGUGCUCCAGGUGGGACUGGAUCCACCUGCAGACCCACAGAGUCCGCCGGGCGCGGCGGCUUCUCCAGGGCGCGGCGCCGCGGGCGGCCAGCCGUCCGGCCACGGCCAGCGCUGCAGGACGGGCCGCUGCUGCCUCGUCAAGCGCACCGAGGACUGGUUCGAGGUGUUCGCCUUCCACCUGGACCGCGUCCUGGGCCUGAACCGGAGCCUGCCCGCCGUGCUGCGGGCCUUCCGCGGAGACGUCCUGCCCUACCGCUACACUGGCGGCGCCCCCAGGCCGGCGCUGUGGUGGGACCCGGGCAUCCGGCACCUGGCCGACAGGGACAACGACCAGAACUCGGUGCCGCUGAGCUGGGUCCAGUACCAGCGGCUGCUGCAGGCCCACUGCGGCGGGGAGACCGCCCUGGACUCCGCCCCCUGCGUGGGCGUCCGGCACUCGGAGUGGGGACGGCUGGCUCUCUUCGACUUCUUACUACAGGUCAGCGACCGUCUGGAUCGGUACUGCUGCGGCUUCACGCCCGACCCGGCAGAACUCUGCGUGGAGAACCUGCUGCACGCCAAGUGUGGCAGCAGCAAGGACCUGCUGCUGGUUCACAUCCUGGUGAGGACGGCGGACCCCUCCAGGCUGGUGUUCAUAGACAACGCCGGCAGACCGCAGCAGUCCGCCGACAACCUCAACUUCAGGCUGAUCGAGGGCAUCGACGAGUUCCCGGAGACAGCAGCGUCGGUGCUGCGCUCCGGCUGUCUGGAGAGGCUUCUCCUGCGCUCCCUGUACACCGACCGGGAGUUCUGGGAGAGCCGGGGCGGCGCCGCCGGCCUCCGGCCUCUGGUCCGCACGGUGCAGCAGCGAGGGGACGUCCUCCUCCGGCACAUCCAGGACCGGAAGCUCCGCCUCCGCAGCGACCUCUGAACCGGCGGGCCGCCGUCUCCUCAGUGAUCAGAUGAAUCGUUCAUCUCAAUCAGAGACUGAGGGAACAGGAAGCUGCAGACGCGGGACGAGCCUGACCAACCUCCGGUCUGAUACCAAGACUCAUCGCCAUGGCGACCGUUACGAAACCGUUCCAGAAAAGACAUUUGACUCUGGUUAUCCAACAGCAAUGAUUUCAGGUGAAGCCGGAGAACUCUGGUUGUAUUUCGGGUGUCCGUUUCCAUGACAACGGUGCUUGGAGCCUCUGAAACGGCUCCUGCUGUAGGUAACAGUUCUGCAGCUCGUCACUGAUGAGCUCUGGACGUCGACGGAUAUCCAGCAAUGUAACGCCCUCCUUUGAAAACAGAAGGAAGUGUUUCCCCGGUGUGAACACAGAGCGCUCCAGCGGCUCUCCGGAACAUUUCAGUGUCACAUUUUCCACAGCGUCUUCAAAUCCGGCCUGAACUUUAAUGAUCUGAGAUUAAUUAAUCCUGUUAGCCCUGAACUGACCAAUAAAGAGUUAAUAACGCCGUCGUUUCACGCUGGUGCUGAAAUAUUUCAGGUGUCCUAUAAGGCUUUAUUGUUGGUGCUUGCUGUUUUUUCAAAUGAUAAUGCUGACCCUAGUUUGGGUUCAUAGGUCUGAUUCAUUAAAUUUCCUGCUCGGGCACAUAAAUGGCAGUUUCAGUUUGAGAAUAUUUUGUGUUAUCAACAGAGAAUCUAACAUUCAGACAAAUGAAAUGAAGGUUUAUGUGUUUAUUGCUGUUUCUGCUGGAAACUGAAAAAAUCAAGAAUAUUUUGUAUCUCUCAUUUCAGGCAGUAAAACCUAUGACGAUUCAUUUCACACAGAUUUUGAUCCUUUAUUUCUUGAAACUUGGAUGAUUGAGGCUCGCAGACGAUGAAAACCUGAAACUGACCGUCGCCUAGAAUGUAAUUAUUA